AUGUCGAUCAGAUACACCGCCAGCAUACGCUCUAGAGAGCCCGUAAGCGACGACCAGACAAAGUGGGUUGGCCUGCAAGCCAUCAAGUGGAUCGACCCAGCAGGCAAGGAGCGGACGUGGGAAGCGGCCGACCGCAAGACGCGCAAGGGGGAGGUGGACGCCGUUGCGAUCUGCACUAUCAUCGAGCGUCCGUCGUCGGAGCCGCACAUUCUGCUCGUCUCGCAGUAUCGCCCCCCUGUCGAUGGCUGGGUCGUCGAGAUGCCAGCCGGCUUGGUCGACCAGGGCGAGGAGGGAAAGGAGGGCUCGACGCGCGCUGCGCUGCGUGAGCUGCAGGAAGAGACUGGCUACGGAGGCCCGAGCAGCGGUGAUGGCAGCGAUGGGCGAGGAGAGCUGAACGUACUGGAGACGUCCGACAUCAUGGCAAACGACCCUGGCAUGAGCGGCGCCAAUAUGCGCCUAUGCGUCGUCAAGAUCGAAGUUGCGGACGAUGCGCCAGAGCCGGUCGCGCAGCCCGAGGAGGGAGAAUUCAUCGAAAAACAUCUUGUACCGCUCAAAGGACUCUAUUUGACCUUACAAGAAAUGCAACGCAAAGGCUACAGCGUAGACGCGAGACUCGCACACUUUGCCGUCGGACUCUCCAUUGCGGAUGCAGCGGCACAGGGUGGGAAAGGUGCAUUUAUCACUGCUUUCUCUUCCACCGGUGCCACACCACGGAGCUGA